AGAAAAACAACGAUGAAAUUAUUAUUAUUUUUGCUGAAGUCUAUUUUUGACUGAUUCAAUUUUAAUUCGUUUUUUUUCAAAACGUCUUUCGCGCACCAACAUGUCGCGCUAAUGUGACGUCGCGUGUCACGCUCACUCAGCUGUUUCCCUUCGCGGAGGCAGGAAGAGAUUUCAUGAAAGAAUACAUCUUUCUUAGUGUUCGUAUUUCAGGCUCAUGCUGCGGACCUGAGUGUGCAGACUUCCUGUUAAAAUGCAUCAAGCCAGCGGCAGGAUGAGGCCCCUCAAAGAUGCUCAGCUGGGGGCCUUCACCUUCUUUGCCUCUGCUCUACCUCAUGAUGUCUGUGGGAGCAAUGGCCUCCCCCUCACCCCCAACUCCAUCAAAAUCCUGGGACGCUUUCAGAUCCUCAAGACCGUCACUCACCCCAGACUGUGCCAGUAUGUGGACAUCUCCAGAGGGAAACAUGAACGACUGAUUGUUGUUGCUGAACACUAUGAAAGCAGUUUAAGUGAUUUCCAAAAACAGAGGAAGACUGUCAGCCCAGAGAAGGUGCUGCAGAUCGCCUUCGAGGUCCUCGAAGGUCUGGAGUUUAUGAACAAACACGGUAUGGUGCACAGAGCCCUCAGUGCACACAACGUGCUGAUGGACUGCAAGGGGAAUGUCAAGCUGGCAAAGUUUGGCCUUUAUCACAUGACUGAUCAUGGAGCCGAUGUAGAUUUUCCCAUUGGGUACCCAUCAUACCUUGCACCAGAGGUGAUCGCUCAGGGCUCUUUCCACCCCAGUGACCCUUCUCGUGAUGAAGCUCCUCUGCCAUCAGGACCAAAGACUGAUGUCUGGUCUCUUGGAGUGUUGCUUUUUGAAUUGUGUGCAGGCAGACGACUGCUGCAGAAUAUUGAUAUAAGCGAGAGACUAAAAUUCAUUCUAACCUUGGGUUGCAUGGAUGACAUUGUCACUGUCCUUGCCGAGGAACAUGGUUGCCUGGAUACAAUUAAGGAGCUGCCUGAGGAUGUUCUGGAGUUAUUAAGGAAAUGCUUGACCUUUCUUCCAUCCAAAAGGCCAACCCCUGCAGAGCUUCUGGUAGACCCUGUGUUUGCUGGGGUAUCAUGCCUUUAUACGCCCUUUCAGAAGCCUGUCAGCCUCUUCUCCUCCUCCCUUCGCUGUGCACAUCUGGAGCUCCCGGAGGACAUCAGUGACCUUUGCAAAGAUGACGAUGACGACUACCUGUCAGAGCGGGCCAUAGACGAGGUUUAUCAUCUGUGGUGUCUGGCUGGAGGAGACCUGGAGAAGGAGCUGACCAAUAAGGAGAUCAUACAGUCCAAACCUCCAAUCUGCACACUGCCCAAUUUUGUUCUGGAAGACGGCGAGUCAUUUGGUCAGGGCAGGGAUCGGAGUUUCUUGCUGGACGACACGACAGUGACACUCUCUCUGUGCCAACUCAGAAAUAGACUAAAGGAUGUGGCAGGAGAAGCCUAUUACCCUCUGCUGGAAGACGAACAGUCGAGCCUGCCCCAGUCCAACAGCAGCAAUGAGCUGUCGACCACCGUCACGCUGCCACUCAUCAUCCGCGAGAGAGACACCGAGUACCAACUCAUCCGCAUCAUCCUCUUUGACAGGCUGCUCAAGGCCUAUCCUUACAAGAAGAACUUGGUGUGGAGAGAGGCCAGAGUAGAUAUUCCCCCUCUGGUUCGAGGAUUGGCGUGGGCUGCACUGCUGGGCAUUGAGGGAGAUAUUCAAGCCAAAUACGAUACUAUAGACAAGGAUACUCCCAUUCCUACUGACAGACAGAUUGAGGUGGACAUCCCACGCUGCCACCAGUAUGACGAGCUGCUGUCAUCUCCUCAGGGUCACAUCAAGUUCAGACGCGUGUUGAAAGCCUGGGUGGUUUCCCACCCUGACCUGGUCUACUGGCAGGGUCUGGAUUCUCUUUGUGCUCCAUUUCUUUACUUGAAUUUCAACAAUGAAGCCCUGGCGUAUGCCUGCAUGUCUGCCUUCAUCCCCAAAUACUUGUACAACUUUUUCCUGAAGGACAACUCUCAUGUUAUUCAAGAGUACCUGACGGUCUUCUCCCAAAUGAUUGCCUUCCAUGACCCCGAACUCAGCAACCAUCUAAAUGAGAUUGGCUUCAUUCCAGAUCUUUAUGCGAUUCCAUGGUUCCUGACGAUGUUUACACUCACAUUUUUCCUGUUUUGCUUCUGUCGCUUCUCUCGCGCAGAAAUUGACAUCGAGCGCUGCGUCCGUGAAUCCAUCAACCUCUUCUGCUGGACACCAAAGAGCGCCACAUACCGACAACAUGCUCAGCCGCCAAAGGUUGCUGGCGACAAUGGCUUUGGAAAAACGGCAACAUACUACUCAUCUGACUAUCAGGACAUGCCCAAGACAGACCUGUCUCGGGAGCCUCUGGCACUGUGUGACUUGAAGAAAGAAGUAUCCCCCAGGGUCUCAGCUGAGGACUUAAUUGACCUCUGUGAGUUGUCAUUGGCUGGCCCCACCAAAAGGACUAAAGCCGGCAAGCCCAAAAUCAUCGCUGUCGACAUUCGAAAUGUGGAGGAUUUCAGCAAAGGCCAUAUUUCUGGCAGCAUCAAUAUUCCCUCCAACACAGCCUUCAACCCUGACGGUGAGCUGGUGCAGUGUCCUGCAACAGGAGUCCUCCAGAACUACAGAGGACGUGUCAUUGUGGUUAUCAGCCACGUCAUGAAGAAUGCUGCUAUGUUUGCAACACAUCUGGUCAAGGUGAACUUCCCGCGGGUUUGUAUCUUGGAUGGAGGCAUCAACAAGCUGAAGCCCACUGGACUCCUGACAGUCCCCUCCCCUCAGAUCUGACACCAUUCCUCAGCUUUGUAUUAACUGAAGGGAUGAGUGGAGGGACUGUUUACUGCAUUUUGAGCUGAUAUUUGAGAGAGAAAAAUGGAUCAUAGUUGUACCAAGACUUUUUGUGGAGGACUUUACACAUUCUGAUCAAAUGAUGCAAAACGACUGAAAUGAACUUAAGUAAUUUUAUUUCCUAUUAUUAAAAGUGAAAUAAUGAAUUA